GGCCUUAAAGGUUAUUUUGAAUCAUCCAAAAAAAAAAAAGAUAAGAUAAAACAAAAAUAGAACAUGUCGUGUAGAAAAUUUUGAAACGGAUUUGUAAAUAGGACGGCAAUAUGAUAACAGUUAGUUUAGUUCGGAUUUUGAUCAUUCUGGUUAACGGCUCAACAGUCUUGUCACUUCUGUGUCUGAGUUGUAAGAAUGUCCGCUACGUGCAGGACUGUCUCACGGUCGAAGAAUGUGGUGCACAUCAGAAAUGUUACUCAAACCGUGUCACUGACAGUCAUGGUACACAUACAUACAGUUUAGGAUGCGUAGACCAAUUUGCAUGCGUGCAUCAAUCGGUGCAAAAAGAAAAGAAAAAGGAGUCGACCCAUGGAAAAACCACAUCAGCGUCUGUUAAAACUACAAACACACCGCAUUUAACUACAAGCCCGCCUCCUGUAACCUCUACCACGCCUCCUCUAACUGUCGCCACUCCUCCUAACAUACAUGUUUUAGUGAGCGGACCGCACAUAAGCUCUUACGGAAGUCAUGUACAGAUUAAUUUCAUCAUUAUGCCACUGCCACAGUCAUAUGUUUGGAAAUUCAAUGGGACGCAUGCAUUACCUAAGGGAGUAUCUAUACAGGACUCAGAGGGAUCCCUUGCAGGAAUGGCAACGAUAGUUAUUGCUAAACUUAAUGAAACAACGUCUGGAACCUAUAGCUGUAUCCCCACCGUAAACGGACGUCAAGUUGAAAAGACUCAUUUUAUUGGAAUACAACAAGAGCGACCGACCGUUUACAUAUCUAAACCAGCUGUGACAACAAGCUUUGUCUUGGUUUGUAAUGUUACCGGCUAUCCACUACCAUUAAUUCAAUGGGAUUUCGUACCAUCUGGCAUCGGAUCACAUGGUAUACCUCCAGGCGUCCAGUUUAGUACCGAAAAGCUUAAGUCAGCAUUGUAUGUGGGAGCAUAUAAUCCAGCCUAUCACAAUGGUGUAUGGUACUGUAGGGCCAGUAACGCAUUAGGAAGUGCUAUAACGAGCGUACAUAUACACUAGGUAAUAAAAGCAAUCA